AUGAAGGGGAUGGCCAAGGACGACGAGAGUGUGUUCGUACCCAUGUAAGCAACAUGCAGAGAGAGGGGGAGAGAGCGAGACAGAGACGUAUGGGACACUUCUUAUAGAGUCUUCCUCUUGGCUGCUUUAUGUCUCUGUGUAUGCCUGUUAGGUUGGUGCCUCGUGUUGAGUUGGAGAAGGGCAUGCCGCUCGUAGACGAGCACACCGUCCAAAAGUAGGCACAUACAGAGUGACAGCCGACGCAAAAAAACCCAUACACCAACAUACUUCAAUGUGAUGCCUGCCGGUUCAGGACUCGGUCGGGUCGCAUAAAGACCAAGAGAUCCAUCGACGGUGCUGCUGAGUCGAACAUCGCAGCAAGCAUCGCAGAGCCUGGUGUGCCCAAGAAGACGAACAACAGUAGGGUCGCCGGGCUGUCAGAGAGUGCCAUGGGUCUGGAGGUGUCGUUCGCCGGCGAAAGGGAAUAUCUGCGCGGUGGGGUCGGCCUGAAAGACAUGGCCAUGAGUGGGAAUGCGGGAUACGGCAAAUCGAAUCUGAACAAGUAAGUAGGGAAGAAAUUGACACGGACACAGAAAGACACACAGAAUGGAUGCUUUAAUGUGUCUCUCUGUCUGCCUUUAGGUGCGCGUCACUGCUUGUCAAUGAGGCUCCCGAGGCCGUCAUACCCCAACCCGCCUCGCCCCGCAAACAGCCCCGCAGCCCCGACAGCAAAUCGCCGGCGCACAAGUGCGACAGUGACAACACCAAGAAGGGAAGCCGCCUCGCCGCACCGGGUGGGAUUUCGCUGCCACCUGUCGGCCAUCGUAGCGAGAAGGGUCCGGGGGACUGUGUGGUUGGGGAGAUGGCUGACAAGCAGCCACCCUUUCCAGUGGCUGAGGAGGCCAAUGCGCGCCAGCAGAUGGGCACGGCGCACAACCUGGGUGACCGCAGACGCACUGAUGUGGCCGCCAAGGUACGUUCACCGCACCCGGUGGCACCCGUCACCCAGCCCCCUUCCCACCCACCCACACGCAACACACCUACAGUACCUGUGUGUAUGUCUGCAGGUGCCUUGGUUUCUGAAGCUGAGUGAGGACGAGACGGCUGCGGCACUGCAGCUAGUGGACGAGGGACACGAGAAGGGCGAGAGCCUUACAGUGGCCAAAGUCAGCGGAAUACCUGUGCUCGGGUACGCCACGCCACGUGUGUGGUACGGUGCCAGCCAGUCAGUGUGAGAAAUGUGACAUACAUGGCCGGAUGGGAUGGGAUAUCAUAUCUCGUCUCGUGUUCGCCUAUAGAUACGACAUAGUGCGUUUGGAGGAUCUCGCGUGGCUUAAUGACGAGAUCGUCAACAUCAUAUUCGCCCCCGCCGAGAGAUGGCUCAGGGCACAGGCCGCGGAGGGGAAAUGGUACGCUGCCCCCACCCACCCACCCACACACCCACACACAACACACCACACCCUUCAUCCACGCGCUGCUUUGCUUUGUGUGUGUGUUGCCUCCAUGGAUGGAUGGAUGGCUGGCUUGGCUUGGCUUGGCCAGUGUUCCGAAGGUGUAGAUCCCGAACUCGUUCUUCUGGCACAAGCUGUCCAACCCCAGUGCGACAGGCUUCAACUACGAUUACCAGAACGUCCGCCGCUGGUCGACCGAAAAGAAGGUAUGUGUGUGUGCUGGCUGGCUGAUUGACCUAUCUCACCUGAUGAUCACAACACGCAGCAUACAUAUCCUUUGUUGGGUGUGUGGAUGUCUUGUUGACACGAACGCAAUCGAUGUCAGGUCAAUGUGUUUGAGCUGGACUACCUGCUGGUGCCCAUCAACGAGGGCUACGCCACCACGGGGGCCGGCUACCAGGGCACACACUGGGCCCUCGGCGUGGUCGACUUCAAGUACCUACUUAGCAUACACACGGCACACACGAAUGCCAUCCACUUCCGUACCCUCACGUGUGUGCGUGUGUGUGUGUGUGUGUGUCUUUAGGGCCAAGCGCAUCCGUGUGCUGGACUCGUUGGGUGGCGGGGGCACCAACUGGCGCAAAGAGGACAACUCCAAGUGAGAUAACGAAAGACGGAGGGAGGGAGGGUGGGAGGGAGAGGCAUGGCAGACGCACACAGACGACUCCCAUGUGUGUGUGUUGUGGCGUCUUGUGUUAUGUUGCAGGUUCUAUGAGUCCAUUCUGCAUUAUCUCAAAGACGAGCACCAGAACAAACUCAAGAGGCCCAUGCCGGAUGCACACCUCUGA